GAGCGCCACGUGUACGUAGAGAAGGGCCGGAAGCGCAGGGGUGAAGGCGCCGCUGCGGUGUUGACGGCCGCGGCGGCCAUGGAUCGGGAAGGGGAGGUGCUGUCCUCGCGGCCGGCCCUGGAGACAGAGGGACUCCGCUUCUUGCACGUUACGGUGGGCUCUCUGCUGGCCAGCUAUGGCUGGUACAUCCUCUUCAGCUGCAUUCUCCUCUACGUGGUCAUUCAGAAGCUUUACACCCGGCUGAGGGCUUUGAGGCAGAGGCACCGGGACCGAGCUGAGGCUGCUGCUGUAGAACCUGAUGCUGUUGUUAAACGACAAGAGGCUGUAGCAGCUGCUCGUUUAAAAAUGCAAGAAGAACUGAAUGCACAAAUUGAAAAGCAUAAGGAAAAACUAAGACAGCUCGAAGAGGAGAAGAGAAGACAGAAGAUAGAAAUGUGGGACAGCAUGCAAGAAGGCAAAAGUUACAAGCGAAGUGCGCGAAAGGAGGAGGACAGUCCUGGGCCUUCCACUUCAUCCGUCCUCCCAAAGCGGAAGUCCGACAAGAAGCCCUUGCGGGGAAAUGGUUAUAACCCUUUGACGGGUGAAGGAGGCGGAGCCUGCGCCUGGAGACCUGGACGCAGAGGCCCCUCGUCCGGCGGAUGAGGCUAAGAAUCUUGUCAGUGUCCCUUUCGACGCUGGCAAGGUGGAGCUGAACCCUCAACUCAAUUGCCUUCUGCACGCUUUUCACAGUUACUAGCCGAGGCGAGGUGACUUUAUUUCCUAACUGUACGUGUGUGUUCGUGGCCUCCGGUGACAUGGGAUGUACGAAUUGCCACGCGGUUACACGCCACUAGAGAUGGUGGUCGCAGUCGCUGGUUUCAUGCUGAGCUUCUAGCUGGUAGCGAGGCCUCUCUUGUACAUUAGAAUUCCUUGCCAGGAGGAUGGUCUGUGACAAGUUGUGUUGAAUGAUGUCUUCCUUAUAAACGGUGAGCCCACCAGUAAGGAUUACUGAUGCAGACAGUUGAUGGGGUUUGUUUCUGUAUAUUUAUUUUUAUGUACAGAACUUUGUAAAAAUGAAAUUGUAAAUGUUUUUAAAAAGUGAAUAACGUUGUUAGCAUCUUUAUUAAAUUCAAGGAAAUUCCCUA